CAGAGCCAAAGUGCACACUACAAAACAGAGAACGCUAAAUUAAUGGUUUUGCUAUUUAUUUCGUGCUUUUUAUGUAGCAUAGGAUGACUUAUAUAUGAAAAAACUUGAUACUCAUGCAAACCAACCAACCCACGGCAAUUGAAAUACGGAAUGACCGCCUCUAAUCAAGCCGUUCAAGGUCGCUGAAACGAAAGGGCGGGCACAUUUCAAAAGGACCUAACGUUUAAACCGUGCCGACAUUUCCCCAAAAUUUAUUAUGACGGCUUCUCCAAAAUUUCCCCAGAAUUGGGAGAUUGGGUAUAGGAGAGACGAUGUUAAACCCACGAAUCGUAUCACUGAUGCAGCCCAUAUUCAGUCGUCGGUAACUAGAAUGUAUCCUUAUUACAUGUCCACAGACCUACUAUAGUAGGUCUCGCCGAUCUGUCUUCUUGAUAUUGUUCACAAACAGGGCUUUAUUUUAAAAGGGCAAUUAUAUUUUUCAUUGCUGAGUUAAUUUUAUUGUUUCGAUUGGUAAUCACGCUUCAAGACUACUACACAAGCUCACAAUUUUGGGGAAGCCGCUAUAGUAAACUUUGGGGAAGUCUAUUUCACUUUGGGGAUUUCCCCUAAGUUGGGAGCUUUGAUGGCUUCGCUUUAAUUGAAUGUAUUUAAGUUAAAGUUAUCACCAAGUGUUUCGUUUUUUAAAAGUAAUUUGUCAUAUGUUUAUUUUGGAAACAAAAAUUCAAGAAAAGUUUCUUCUAUCCACAACCCACCGAAUGGCAAGAAGCAGAAAAUACCACCACCUCAAAUGCCUAGAAGCCUAGUCGCAAGGCUAGGUCUGUUUCUUGCAGGAAAAACAACAACCUGAAUACCCAUGUCGUCGACACUCAUCUAGGACCCCACAGUGUGCGUAUCGCUAGUGUGAUUGCUACUCCAAUGAAAGUGAAUGAAUGGGUACAGUUCAAGAAUAAAAAACGACCUAAUGUUACUAAAGAAAAAUCAAUUCCCCCCCUGAAAAAACAGCUGAAAAAUUAAAGACUGACCUUAGUGACCGGUCAGUUGUCUUUCAUUGAUUCAAAUAGUGAAGCUCAGAACCCAGAGCUCGUUUUGAGCGUGAUAUUGGGUUGAUAAAUAUGUACUAAACCAGUUAUUGCCUAAAAAAUCUCUGGAGUCACUUUGCUAAAGGUUUAUAGACUAGGUAGCCAAAGAAGUUGCUAAAAGUCUAGCGAAACUUCUGGGAUGUACAGGAGUUAGUGGAUUUUAUGUGGAACAAUUUGUAUAGACGUCAAUGAGUAUUUGUGAAACUAGAUGCAGGAUAAAAAUAUGCAGUUACUAGUAAUUCUAAAAUAAAUCUAACUAAACAUAUUUACAUAGAUGAGACAAACCACUUAUUGUAUUUACUACUUUAUUAUAUUUCAGAAGUUCCGAUAGACUUCCAUCAACAAAGCUUAAAACCCAGGUUUCAGGAGAUUUAUCAAAUUAGUCAGUAUUCUUGAUUGAUUCUCAGUGCUGUCGUUAAAUAACUUAUUUUUAAAUUACCAUCACCAAAGUAAUAUAUAUUGAUUAGACUAAUGUGACUAACGUAUUAGAAAGAGGAUGCCACUUCCCUGUGGCUUACGCCGAGGAAGGUUUCCUAUUCAUUGGGCAUUUGAAAAUGAAACUGGGUUAGUUUUUAUCGUGACUACUAAAGGGCGUGAUAGCAGAUCUGCAGAGACAACUGCUCGAGGCUGGUUACAAAACUUAUUCGUGAUGAGUUAUUAGGUUUCGCUCCGUAAUUAAUAACCUUUACCUCCGGGAUUUUAGGUAAGGUGUAAUAUGUCUCGAGUCUACCUUUUCUGAACCUUUUCUUCUGUUAUGAGAGGCUAGCUCCACUGCAGAUGCUCGUUGUUUAAAGAAAGUACUUGACUUCCAAAACACAGUACAGUCGACAGUACGGUUUCACCCUAGGGCCUCGAGUUGUUGCCUUUAGUCUUGAUUUUCUUCAGCCGACCCGUCUGACGUUAUAGGACCUAGAGAAAUAUGUGUUCAAACAAGUAUAAGCCGAUUGGUUCAUAGAUAAACAUGAGUAUCAUAUCAAGGCAGUAGGUACGGUAGGGAUAGUAUUAAGGGCCAUUUCCUUCAACUGCACGAUGAAACCUCGCUUUCUUUGUUGUAUAGCCUCUCAGAAAUGUUAUUUGAGCUAAUUACUUAGAACAGUUCCUGUUCUUAUUUUACCAAACACUGCAAAUUAUCUACAAACAGCUGCAUAGAGUUUGUUUUCAUUAUUUACUUUUUUUUAUUCUAUUACUAUCCUGACUGUAAUGACGUGAAAGAUUAUAUAGCAUAUAAACGAUUUGGAGACGACCCUUUUAAUGACUUACUGGCUUCUAAACAUCCCUGGAAUCCUCUGAAAUACUCAAGUUCAUUUCCAACCUAACUCAACCCUAGGGGGAAUAACUGUAAAUUAAAGGUACAGUACAAUAAACCGAACUGCAGGCGUAGCAUCUACUUACGAAUAGUCAAGUUUUUGAUCUUGUCACUAGAUGAAGUCCUUUAGGCGAAUUCCCCGGGAGUCAUUCAAAAAGAACUUUGAUACAUUCAUAAACCUAGAUCUCUGCCUGGAGCCAUCGGUUAUCCAUUACUACUAGAUAUGUAAGCUCGUUAGGCAGAAACUUCUCUUCUGUUUUCAACUGUGUAAACCAUCUGAAAUAUAUCCACAAAAUGCUUCCAUUUCCUCUCAAAAGGUAUGUCUAUACGCCACAAAGUAUUGCUUUUUCAAGCUUGCUACUAAGUAAAACUUUUACUCUUCAUCAUUUUUUGAAGCGUACAUAAUUUCUUCUUGAUCAUCAGUGGUACCCUCAUAGUACUUACUAUUUUCAUUGCUAGAAUUUGAUUUUAGUCUUCCAAAAAAUUCCUAGUUUUUGUUCAUGCUCCAUUAAAAACCUGUUUCAAUUAAUUUUUAUGCCAAAAUAACGAAAUUUUUCCUACUUCGUUGACUUAGUAAUGUUAUUUACGCGAAGAUAAAUUAUUUAAUCAUUUUUGGAAAGUUAGCAGUUAUACUGUCACAAAAUUUAUGUAAUGUGAUAAUGACAGACAAGUUUAUCUUCUUUUAGUGAUUCCAAAUGCAGCAUGGAUCUACCUUGUAAACCUUUAGCAUGUAAAAUUCAAAGUUGUUUAAUUAGGAAUGAUUUCGAUGUUACUCGAUGUACAAGGGAAAUAACUUCACUUAUUGAAUGCUGUCAAAAAUUUCGACAUAUUAAACAACCGUGUUGUGAAGGUUGGGAUAAUUACAAAUACAGACCUGAUAAUCAAACGAAGACGAAUUAAACGAAAUCAAUAUUUAUGUAAUCUCUUCUGUUGGUAUUUCAUUAUUUUAACGAAAAGAAAGAAUAUGAUGAUCAUUGCAAUCCUUCUGAAUUUUUUUUAAAGUUAUGGCUAUGAUUGUAUUCCCAUUUGUUUAAAAAGAUAAUUCAUUUGAUACAAGAAUUCGUUGUAUCAUCCUUGUGUACUUUUUAUUUUAUAUAUUACACAAUUUUGACUGGUUGACCUGUAUAUGAUAUUCUUAGUCACUUAACAGAACAUAGUUCAAAGUUUACUAUUGAAUGGAAUUGGUUAAAUACAUUUAGACCUUAAUGUCUGAUGAAA